UAUGGUGAUGAAGUGGCUUGGUCGGAGAUAGAAAAUGUCUGGACUACUUUGGCAGACAGCUGGCCGAAGAAUCUGAAAAUCAUUUUGCACUUCUUGAUCAGCAUCUGCGGAGUGAACAGUGAGCCCAGCCUGCUGCCAUACGUAAAGAAAGUCAUUGUUUAUUUGGGUAGAGAUAAAACAAUGCAGCUACUGGAAGAGCUGGUGAGUGAACUUCAGCUUACAGAUCCUGUCAGUUCAGGAGUCACCCACAUGGACAAUCCACCGUAUUACCGCAUUACCUCCAGUUACAAAAUCCCCUCUGUCACUUCAGGUACCACUUCCAGCAGCAAUACAAUGGUAGCUCCCACAGAUGGCAACCCUGAGAGUAAACAUGUAAAGGACAACGUCGAAGAGAAUUACGUACAUCUCGACAUCUACAGCGGGUUGAACAGUAACUUAAACCGCCAGCACCACAGACUAGAGUCUCGCUACAGCAGCAGCUCUGGAGGAUCGUAUGAAGAGGAGAAAAGUGAUUCGAUGCCCCUGUAUUCGAACUGGCGGCUGAAGGUGAUGGAGCACAAUCAAGGAGAGCCUCUGCCUUUCCCACCUACGGGAGGUUGCUGGUCACCGUUGGUGGAUUACUUGCCUGAAACUUCUCCUCCGGGCAUGUCUCUUCACAGAUGCAACAUAGCAGUGAUCCUUCUGACUGACUUGAUCGUUGACCACAGCGUCAAGGUGGAAUGGGGAGGAUACCUGCAUCUCUUGCUUCAUGCAAUUUUUAUAGGUUUUGACCACUGUCACCCUGAAGUCUACGAGCAUUGUAAACGACUCCUGUUGCACCUGCUGAUCGUGAUGGGAUCUGGCAGUAACGUCCAGUCCGUUGCCUCUGUUCUCCUCCGGAACAGAGAGUUCAACGAGUCCAGGGUGCUCACUGUCAAGCAGACGACCCCUUUGGAUUACACUUUCACAGGUGUUCAUGAUUUUAUACCCGAUUACCAGCCCUCCCCAAUGACAGACUCAGGGCUCAGCUCAAGUUCUACCUCUUCUAGCAUCAGUUUGGGCAACACAAGUGCUGCCAUUUCUCAUCUGCACACCACGAUCCUCAAUGAGGUUGACAUGUCGGUAGAGCAGGAUGAAAAAGUGAAAACUCUCAUAGAAUUUAUUACCUCAAGGAAAAGAGGGCCACUUUGGAAUCAUGAAGAUGUUUCGGCCAAGAACCCUAACAUAAAGAGCGCUGAACAGUUAACUGCGUUUUUAAAGCACGUGGUAUCUAUAUUUAAACAGUCUAGCUCAGGAGGCUUUCAGUUGGAACACCGUCUCAGUGAGGUCGCUUUGCAGACGGCGCUCUCGUGCUCCUCUCGCCAUUACGCUGGGAGGUCCUUCCAGAUUUUCCGGGCUCUGAAGCAGCCUCUUACUGCAGCGACGCUUUCUGAUGUUCUCUCCAGGCUGGUGGAAACCGUUGGAGAUGCCGGAGAAGAAGCUCAGGGUUUUGUCAUAGAACUGCUCCUGACCUUGGAGUCUGCUAUUGAUACGCUGGCGGAAACCAUGAAGCAUUACGAUCUGCUUUCUGCCCUUGCUCAAACCUCGUACCACGAUUCUGUGAUGGGAAACAAGUACGCAGCUAAUCGGAAAAGCACUGGACAGAUAAAUCUAAGCACAGGUCCCAGUAGUAGCGGCAGUUGUUUGGGAUACUACAGCAACACGAGGAGUAAUUCUCUGAGACUGAAUUUAAUCAGCGAGCGGAGGGGCGACCGUCGCCGGAGCAACACACUGGAUAUCAUGGAUGGCAGGAUAAAUCACGGCGGAAGCUUGGCGAGGACUCGAAGCCUUUCCUCCCUGCGAGAGGGAGGGAUGUCCGAUGUGCAGCCCACUACUGACCCUGUCAACUUGAUGGCCACCAUAUUCUGGAUCGCGGCUUCGUUGCUGGAGUCUGAUUAUGAGUAUGAAUACCUGUUGGCUCUCAAGCUGCUCAACAAGCUGCUGAUUCACUUGCCUCUGGAUAAGUCGGAGAGUCGGGAAAAGAUAGAAAAGGUGCAGAAUAAACUGAAAUGGAAUAACUUUCCAGGCCUUCAGCAGCUUUUCCUAAAAGGCUUUACUUCGGCAUCUACCCAAGAAAUGACAGUUCAUCUCCUCAGUAAACUCAUCACAAUUUCCAGGCAUGCUUUGGUGGAUCCUUCUCAGUUAGCAGGAUUUCCCCUAAACAUCUUGUGCCUCCUUCCUCACCUGAUCCAACAUUUUGAUAACCCAACUCCGUUCUGUAAAGAAACAGCUGACAGGAUAGCAAAGGUCUGUGCAGAGGAGAAAUCCCCAACUCUUGCCAACCUGGCUCACAUGAUGAGUUUAUACAGCACACACAGCUAUUCCAGAGACUGUGCGAACUGGAUUAACGUGGUCUGUAGAUACUUGCAUGACUCUUUCUCAGACGCCACGUUUAACCUGGUAACUUACCUGGCAGAGCUGUUAGAGAAAGGGUUAUCCAGUAUGCAACAGUCCUUACUGCAGAUCAUUUACAGCCUGCUGAGUCACAUUGACCUAUCCACAGCACCAGUGAAGCAGUUUAAUUUGGAAAUCAUAAAAGUGAUUGGUAAAUACGUUCAGAGCCCGUACUGGAAGGAAGCCCUGAAUAUUUUGAAGCUGGUGGUGUCUCGGUCGGCAAGCCUUGUUGUGCCGAAUGAUAUUCCGAAGUCUUACGGAGGCGACAUAGGUUCUCCUGAAAUCUCCUUCACAAAAAUUUUCAAUAAUGUCUCCAAGGAGCUGCCUGGGAAGACCUUAGACUUUCAUUUUGAUAUAUCGGAGACACCGAUCAUUGGGAAUAAGUAUGGUGACCAACACAGCGCAGCUGGUAGAAAUGGGAAGCCCAAAGUCAUUGCUGUCACCCGGAGCACGUCUUCAACCUCGUCGGGCUCCAAUUCAAACGCCUUGGUUCCUGUCAGCUGGAAGAGACCGCAGCUCUCUCAGAGGAGAACUAGGGAGAAGCUGAUGAACGUGCUUUCUCUGUGUGGUCCGGAAUCCGGUCUUCCCAAGAACCCUUCAGUUGUGUUUUCUUCUAACGAAGACUUGGAAGUUGGGGAUCAACAAACCAGUCUGAUUUCAGCGACGGAAGAAGCGAUUCAAGAGGAGGAGGUGGCUGUAGAAGACAAUACCAGUGAACAACAGUUUGGAGUUUUUAAAGACUUUGACUUUUUAGAUGUUGAAUUGGAAGAUGCAGAGGGUGAGAGCAUGGACAACUUCAACUGGGGCGUUCGCAGGCGCUCGCUGGACAGCAUCGACAAAGGCGACACGCCGUCGCUGCAAGAAUGUCAGUACUCCGGGAGCACGCCCAGCCUGAACUUGACCAACCAGGAAGACACGGAUGAGUCUUCGGAAGAAGAAGCAGCCCUGACCGCAAGUCAGAUACUGUCUCGUUCGCAGAUGCUAAACAGCGAUUCUGCCAUAGACGAAACGAUAUCAGAUCACGCUGGGUUAUCACUCCAGUCUCAAGAUUCCACUAGCAGUGUGGGGACAGAAGAGGUGCUUCAAAUCAGAACUGAGACCCCAAGUUUGGAGGCUUCUCCUCUAGAUAACUCUAGCAACCAGCUGCCUGAGGAAGGCAGCUCAGCAGUGAGGGAUGAGCAGGUCAGCACCGCUAGCGAAGACACCGGCUCCUAUCUCCUGCAAGAGCAGCAGGACGGUCUGGUCUGCCAGGAGUCUCUCGAGCUGGAAGAGGCCCCGGACCUGGCCGAGGCAGCAGCUCCCGAGAGCUAUUCGGAGUCCAUCUGCGAGGAGGACGUCACGCUUGCUCUGAAGGAGCUGGAUGAGAGGUGCGAAGAGGAGGAAGCUGACUUCUCUGGUUUGUCUAGCCAAGACGAAGAAGAGCAGGAUGGUUUCCCAGAGGUCCAGACUUCCCCGCCUCCUUCGCCGUUUCUCUCUGCCAUCUUGGCGGCCUUCCAGCCAGUGGCGUACGACGACGAAGAGCAAGCCUGGCGCUGCCACGUCAAUCAGAUGCUGUCAGACACGGAUGGAUCCUGCGCUGUCUACACGUUUCACGUCUUCUCGAGGUUGUUUCAGACCAUUCAAAGAAAGUUUGUGUCUAUAACAAACGAUUCCGUCAGCUUUCUUGGCGAAAGUCUGCAGCGCAUCGGAACCAAAUUUAGAAGUUCUCUGGAAGUGAUGAUGUUGUGUUCAGAAUGUCCGACGGUCUUUGUGGAUGCGGAGACGCUCAUGUCUUGUGGCCUGCUGGAAACACUGAAGUUCAGCGUUCUGGAGCUCCAAGAGCACUUGGAUACCUAUAACGUCAAAAGAGAGGCGGCAGAACAGUGGCUAGAAGACUGCAAGAGAACGUUUGGUACCGAUGAUGGCAUUCAUGGCACGAACACGGAUGCCCAGCAAAUGGAAAUUCUAGCAGAGCUGGAGCUGUGUCGGAGGCUGUACAAGCUGCAUUUCCAGUUGCUGCUUCUGUUCCAAGCCUACUGCAAACUGAUCAGCCAAGUCAAAACCAUCAAAAAAGAAGCGGAGGUCAUCAACAUGUCUGAAGAACUUGCUCUUUUGGAGAGCUGUCUGAAGGAGGCCGAGGCUGCGUCCGACAGCGGUAUCGAAGAAAUGGAAAUUGCGGAGGCUUCCCAAGCGAGCACGGAGACGGCCAUCCACUCGCUCAUCGAAACCCUGCGGAACAAGGAGUUUGUGUCCGCUGUGGCGCAGGUCAAGGCUUUCAGAUCUAUCUGGCCCCACGACAUCUUUGGCAGUUCUGAAGACGACCCGGUUCAAACGUUGCUGCACAUAUAUUUCCGUCACCAGACGCUUGGCCAGACUGGCAGCUUCGCAGUAGUAGGCUCCAACCAAGACAUGUCCGAGGCCAGCUCAAAGCUGAUGGAACUCAAUCUAGAAAUUCGAGAGUCUCUACGCGUGGUGCAAUCCUAUCAGCUUCUAGGGAAAAUCAAACCAAGAGUAAAUCUUGUGAGCACUGGAUUCUGAACAGCUGUCAUUUAGAAAAGAACUGGUGAUGAAGAUGCUUCAGACUAUUAUUGAGCACCUUUCAUAAAAAAAACACACAGAAAAAAAAAAACAAAACAAAAAAACAAACCUCCAGCAAUCCUGACAACGAACACAGUUUCAUCACAGCAAGAAACCACUUCAUCAGAAGUUAAAAAUCUGAAAAUUGAAGUGACCAUCUUACUUGACUGCUCUUUCUACACAGUAGCUGUGUGGCAGUAGUAUUUUUUUAUGAAAUUUAUGUAUUAAAAAAACUACAUGAAAGGAAAAGGGCUUAAAUGUAAUGCAUACUGAUGCAUUCUUUUCUGUUGUGCCAGA